AUGUCGAAGAGGCCAUUGGGCGCAUCAAAAAUUCGUUAUCCGAAAAUAGAGCGUACGUUACGUCGCCGUAAAAACGAGCCCCAUCCGAAACGGCCGAAGGAAAUUUCGGACAUAAUCAAUGCUUACAAAAAGCAAGUUAAUAUGAUCGAAUAUGGACUCAAUUUACGGAAAACCAAACGUCUUUACAUCAACACAGUUGAGCAUGAACAAUUUUCAUUCACGCUAUUUGCAUCACUCGAAACAGUAUCCCUGAUCGAAAACCACAUUCCACCAGAAAAGAGAAAUUAUUCGGUUGACGGUACUUUCGAUGUAACUCCAAUGAGUUGCUUUCAUCAGUUGUUGACCAUUCAUAUUGAGUAUGACACAAUUGUGUAUCCUGUUUUUUUCGUACUAAUGACAAGAGCAACAGCUAUUGCAUACAAAGCUGUGUUCAGAUACAUUGAAGACAAUAUUUUCGAGCUAAAACCAGCUCGUUUUAUGGCUGAUUUUGAGGCAGCCAUGCGGAAAGCCAUAGCAGAUUUCUAUCCGCAUACUGAAAUUAAUGGGUGUUGGUAUCAUUUUUGUGCGGCAGUGCGUCGUAAGACUCUCAGUUUUGGACUUCACAAUUUAAUCAAAAACAGUUUUGGUGCCUGGAGUGUGUACAAGAAAUUAUUAUGUCUACCAUUACUACCAGCUAGUAAAAUUGUUAAGGGAUUCAACAUUGUCGUCCAGCAAUCAACUGACUUUGGUGUGUUAGAUGAAUUCGAAGAGUUGUUUGCAUAUUUCCAAAAUUUCUGGCUACAUUUGAAUUCUAAGAACUCCAUCUCUGUCUGCGACCUAGACAAUCGUACAACAUCUCCUCUCGAAUCAUAUCAUUCAGCAAUGAAUAGACUAAUGCUAAAACACGCCAGUUUUUUCGUAUUUGUCAGUUAUCUGAAACUGUACGAGAGUAGAAGAAGUGAUGAUCUGUACAAUGCAAUACACGAUAAAUGCCCAGUUCAGAAAGCAAAACAUCGCCGUGAUCAGGAGCGUGAUAAACAAAUCAGAUCAGACACACAACUUUUGUGUAGUGGGUUGAUUUCGACGGAAGAAUUUUUAAAUAAAUUUGUUGGAGAUGAACGAACCGAAUAUCACGUACCCUACGAAAAAGAAGUAAAUUGUUCUGAUCAAUCGAGUGAAAGCGAUGAUAUGGAUACGUUUGAAGAAGUGGACGAAAACAGUGGUGAAGAAAUGGAUACAGAUACAGACGAUUGA